UAUUUGGUCAGAUUAAUUAAAGCUAAAGGGUUUAACAACGCGGGACCCGUUAAAGUGUUGAACAAGUGACUACAAAGGACAACAAUACACAACAAACCGCAGCGCUCCAGACUCACUGGAGCCAGCAACUUGUGAGACGUUCCAGAGCCGCAGCACGACCACCAAUUGUGGCAGAGUGAAACACUGACUGAUUGGAGAAGUCAUCCUGAAGAGGAACUGGGAGUUACUGCGAAAUGAUCAAUUCUUUCUGAGACUCGUAUCACACUUUCACUGGUGAAACCUGCUGCAGUGUUUCAGUUCAACACAGGUCCUGAUCUGAGCUCCUGCAGCCCCCUCCCUCCAUCAGUGGUGGUGACCCAGCUCCGGACAGCUUGCUGGAGGGCCCUUCCUGAGCAGCAGCAGCUGCGUCCUGCUUGCUGACUCUCGUCCCUCCCCUGCUUCCUGUCCUUGGUCAGACAAGGCUAAAGCCUCCUCUCCCCUCACCCCUUGUACUCACACACACUUACAUUCACACUUGCUCAACGACAUUUUUAGACUUCUAUUGCUCUUCAGAGAUCAUCAGUAAGAGCCUUUUAAACCCCUUGGACAGACCCAGAGUGACCAUCCAGAAAAGAUUUCCUCCCUUUUACCUACACUACAGCUUGAAGAAUGACCUCCAUGUCCAGUCUCUUCUCCUUCACAAGCCCGGCAGUCAAACGUCUGCUUGGCUGGAAGCAGGGGGACGAGGAGGAAAAAUGGGCAGAAAAGGCAGUGGAUGCCCUCGUUAAAAAGCUGAAGAAAAAGAAAGGCGCCAUGGAGGACCUUGAGAAAGCUCUGAGCUGCCCAGGACAGCCCAGCAAGUGUGUUACCAUUCCAAGAUCACUGGACGGCCGGCUGCAGGUUUCCCACAGGAAAGGUCUUCCUCAUGUUAUCUACUGCAGAGUAUGGCGCUGGCCGGACCUCCAGUCCCACCAUGAGCUCAAGCCCCUGGAGGUGUGCGAGUACCCAUUUGGCUCCAAACAGAAGGAGGUCUGCAUCAACCCAUAUCACUACAAGCGAGUGGAGAGCCCUGUGCUCCCUCCAGUCCUGGUACCGAGGCACAGCGAGUUCAACCCUCAGCACAGCUUGCUGGUGCAGUUCCGCAACCUCACCCACAACGAGCCACACAUGCCUCUGAAUGCCACCUUUCCAGAGUCCUUCCAGCAGCCACACAGCGGGGGCGGUAGCAGCAGCACUGGAGGUGGUGGGGGUGGUGGUGGUGGCUCUUUCCCUAUUUCUCCCAACUCUCCAUAUCCUCCUUCUCCAGCCAGCAGUGGUACUUAUCCAAACUCUCCUGCCAGCUCGGGGCCCUCCAGUCCAUUCCAGCUCCCAGCUGACACCCCGCCCCCGGCCUACAUGCCCCCUGAUGAGCAGCUGGGCCAGGAGAGCCAGUCCAUGGAAACGAGCAGCAGCCUGGUGCCACAGAACAUGGCCAGAGGAGAUGUGCAGCCAGUGGAAUACGAGGAGCCAAGCCACUGGUGCUCUAUUGUCUACUAUGAGCUGAACAAUCGUGUCGGAGAGGCUUACCACGCAUCGUCAACCAGCGUGCUUGUGGACGGCUUCACUGACCCUUCGAACAACAAAAACCGUUUCUGCCUCGGACUACUGUCCAACGUCAACCGCAACUCCACUAUUGAGAACACCCGUCGACAUAUUGGCAAAGGAGUGCACCUGUACUAUGUUGGAGGGGAGGUGUACGCAGAGUGCCUCAGCGACACCAGCAUUUUUGUCCAGAGUCGUAACUGUAACUACCACCAUGGCUUCCACCCCACGACUGUUUGCAAGAUCCCCAGUGGAUGUAGCCUCAAGAUUUUCAACAACCAGGAGUUUGCUCAGCUUCUGGCCCAGUCGGUUAACCACGGCUUCGAGGCCGUCUAUGAGCUUACUAAGAUGUGUACCAUUAGAAUGAGCUUCGUCAAGGGUUGGGGAGCCGAGUAUCACCGUCAGGAUGUCACCAGCACCCCCUGCUGGAUUGAGGUGCACCUGCACGGGCCCCUGCAGUGGCUGGACAAGGUGCUGACACAGAUGGGUUCACCUCUCAACCCGAUCUCCUCUGUGUCCUAAUAAUGGACUUGUGGGAGCUUGGAGACCCUUUUUACUUUAAGUUUGUUUUUUAAUUUUUUACACUCCCCUUCCCCCCCCCUCAAUGAUUUAUAAUUUAAAGCAGUCUUAACGGCUGAACUGUUUACACUUUUUGGGAAGGGAUGUCGAACUCUGGCUCUAAAUUCAACAGCGGCCACAGCCAGAAUCCAGUUGUUGAAACAAUGUAAACACCUGGAGUAAGAGAGCGAUGAGGAAUGCCCAAGUAGCAGUAACAACAUGGACACACUACUGCUUGACAAUGCUACUAUGCCUGCAAGAGUCGAGGGCUCCAUUGUCAAGCUUGAAUCUGUCAAAUGUUAAUUUUUUUUUUCACAUCAAGUUUUAUUGUUUUUGACAAAUGAUUUUAUUUCUCUAUACGUGUAGUUUUGAAUGAAGCAGAACUCGUUUCACUACUCUGCCUUAUGUCCGACAGACAAAUGGAAUUUUACGGAACACUUUUCUUACAUUGUUGUCUCAAUGUCAGAUAUUUACAAGUAAGAUAUAGACACAAUUAUGUUUACCAUUAGACUCAGACAUAACAAAUGCUUUCUUUUUAUAGUCUUUACUGCUAGAAAUGAACACUGAGCUACUGCCUUUUAAGAAAGUUAUAUGUAUGCCAACCUGAUAGUUUUUGAUAUGGGAGAUCAAUCACUGAACAAGUUUAACAUGCCAUAAGCUAACAACAUUGUGAAUGUCACAUCUAUUGCAAUAGAAGUAGUCAUUUAUGAUAUAAUCAAACAACGGACACCAUCAUUAUUGAUUCUUGUUUGUACUCUCAAGUUCAAGUAAGAGUGACUGUAUUUUCCAUACUCACUGUAUUAACAAUAUUGUGCACUCAUGGAUUUUUGUGGAGGCAUAUUAAAUUUUGGCAUGGGUACCAAGGCAUUAUGUUGAUAGGUAAUUGACUUCAUUAGCUCAAUGAAAUAAACAGGUUAUUUGAUAACAA